UUCCGAUGGAUGGAACGAUCUUAUUCAGUUAUAUGUCCUUUUGGAAAAGGCAUUCGAUAAUCUCAGGGGCACUCUGGACCUUCAUAUGUUUACUAUUUCUAAUAAAGAAAUAGAUAUUAGCUGGUCAAAAAAGGAGUUUAUUGAUUUCAUUGAAAUACACAAAUUUGAGCUAACGCAGUCUCGUUCUACAGGUGUUAAAAGAUCAUAUCUUGAUAUGUUGGAGGAUUUACCACCACCGUCAACGCUUGGAAAUCCCAAGGUUUGGGGCGAGCGACAAAAAGAUUCUCCCUGUUGUUUUAAUCACCGUCCACCAAAAGCUUCUAGAGUUAUACCUGUUAGCUUGUAUAAUUCUAUUUUUGGCCAAUUUAAGGAUUUCUGUGAGGAAGAUCCAGAAAAAGAAGACAACGAAUUCACAUAUAAUUUUUGUUGUAAAAUGGCCGAAAUUUAUGAGAACGAGGAAGAUCGUCAGGAUGAGGCAAAUAAAAU